GAAAUGUCUGAUCCAACAAUAUUUUCAAAUUUCAUACCUACAUCCUUGAAUGUUAUUCGCUGUGACAAUGAUAACGACAAUUAUAAAAUGUGUAUAGUUGCAAUGAAGAGCGGAGAGAAAAUAUGUUUUCAAGGUAGUCUUCUUGUUGCAACAAUUUAUGGAGACGCAUUAAUUAUGGGAUAUAGAUUAAAAAGUGCAAAAUCAAAAUUUUUAGAAAACAAUUUUAAUAAUUUUGAAGGUGAAAAAGAAAUGGACAUUCUAUUUCAUCCAGUGUUCUCACCUAAAACACAUUCACUUUUAGUUAUAGAUAUUAAAGCAUCAAAUGGUAUAAAACAUUGCAUCAAUGAAAUGUUGAAAAAAAACAACGAGCACAACAUAUUGAGAAAUGGUUAUGACACCAUACUUGUUUUCCGAGAUAUUGUUUCAUGGUGUGGUAUUAAACAUUUGGGAAUUGUCGCACCAAUAUAUAGUGAUAUUUUCAUUCCUGAUGAUGACAAGUAUAAAUCAAACAUAGAAAAACAAGAUUUUUUUCAAAUUCCAGGAUUUUAUCCGAUUUUUGAAAUGAUAAAUGAAGAGGGUGUUACAUCUUUUAAAAUAUUAGAUUCUUGGAAGCAUGCAGCAGAUGAAAUGGAGACUGGCUUAAUUAAAUGUCCAAAAGUUGCGUAUCUUGAAACAGAUAUUGGACAAAGUGAAUUUACACCAGAAGGAAUUUUGUCACUCAAUAUUAUAGAAUCACCUAUUCUUGGUGUUCCAUUAAUAAUCAAUACACACGGUUGGGUUAAGGGAAUGGGGCUUGAUAUUUGUUACGAGAACAAAAAAGUUAAGGAAGAAGAAAUCGAUGAGAUAACGCUCGAAGAAUUUUUGGAAACUGAACGACAUAAUUUAGGAUCUAAUCUUACACCAGUUACUUUUGAGAGUUUUACAGAAUGGAAGAAAAAUCGUAAAGCCAAACAAGACGCAGACAAGGAACUUAAACUUGCUGCCAAAGAAGCUGCAUUCAAGGCAGGGAAAUCACAAGGAAUGUCAGGCUGGGAUCUUUCUAAAUAUAAACAAGAUGACGAAGUCGAUGAUAAUGACAGUGAUAAUACAGAAGAACAUGAAGGAGAACAAUUAGUAUAUGGCCAAGAAGCUGUUGAUGAAAAUGAGAAUAGGUCAGACAAUCCUUAUGGGGAAG